GCUACGGGAUAUACCGCCACGUGGAGUGCAGGUUCGCGUGUAAUGCACAUCAACACUCGCAUUGCUAAGUUUGCCGCUCUGAAAACAACGCAGAAUGAGGUCGAUCGGGAGACAUCGGCUUAUCUCGCCUUGGGAGCGGUAGGUGUCUAUGUUAGGCCGGGGAGCAGACCGGCAUUAUGCAAGAGUUCACCAUCUACUCUCAGAUCCCUCCGGCGCGACAUCAGCAAGUGCUCAACAUCCUUGCAGGGGUCACGGCCGCACAACCGGUGGAGGUCAACGAGCAGACAUUGAUCUAUCAACAAGCCAAACCACCACCAGGCGCCACCGGAGGGACGGGGGCGAAGAAAGUAGCCCCCGCAGCCAAGAAGACUGCGGCUCAAUCUCUGACUUUCCAAAAGCUCAUUCGCAAUUUGACGCAUGGCGGGAAUGCUCCAUGGCUCUUACGCGUUGAGGAGACGCCACAGCCAGGCGUUCAGAACCUCAUCUCACGUUCCGUCAACGAACUGGUAGCGAACAGUGACGUGCUGGAGAGGUUCCGUGAAGGCUCAGGAUGGUAUCGCUACGUCAACCAAUACCUCUCACGCGGUUACCGCUUUGUCUUGAACAAUGUCGUCGUCAAGAUCACGCAGGUGUACUCUGUACCGGAGGGCACUGGCGCGCUGGAACCAUUGGACGCACCCAUACCAGCCAUGUUGGAUUGCAAACUCGUAGAUCCGACUGCGUGUUACCUAUUCGAGGCGUACAUCAGGGUGGACGACGCUACUAAUACAAAGCUGCUUGAGCAAGCCACUGCAGAGCUGCUUGCGUUCAAGAAGCGGAUGGAGGGCGCUGUGGACUUGAGGGUGCCAGAGAGGUUGGCGCUUGACACAAAGGUGAAGGGUAGCUGAAUCAAAUUCCGCCAAACUUACCUACUCGCAAGCGCUUGCUUGCGAGUGGCAUCUCUCCGUCAAUAACUGACGAAGAAGGAGAGUCGUCUUUUCAUCUAUCGUCACUGGUAUUCUCGAUACUGAAGAUGUUAACAUGCGGAGG